AUGGGAAGCUGGGUCCAUGCGGUUGAUGUGUGCUGGGUGCCCCCGCUUCUUGCUAGCUUGGGACCUCUUUCCAUGAUUGUGUGCCCUGGCCAUUCGGCCAUGAGGCUGCGGCGCUACUCCCAGACGGGCCCACAGCACACGUGGGGGAUUGUGUGCCCUGGCCAUUCGGCCAUGAGUCUGCAGCGCUAUACCUGGAUUCUGGCAAAUGUGCGAUCGGCAGACGCCCAAGGGUUUUCGUCGGCGUUCUUCUCGUCUGCGCUUCUCUGGGAGAGCUUCUCGAUUAGCGCCGGUGCAGAUCUCCCACAAGCUCGGCGGUCGCAGCCGUCCGUGGAGCCGGGUGUUUCCGGUCGGGCAUGUCAUUGCCGACAGCUCCAAACUGAAGCCAAGCCCCGCGAAAACCUCAUUCUCUUAGCUCUGCGGCUGCGGCGACGCAUGCUGUUGCGUAGAUGGGCGAGACGCCAGUCCCAGAAGAAGGAAAAGAAUCGGAAACGAAAGAAAGACAAUGAAGGGAAGAAAAGGGAGAAGCACGAGUGCCAGUGCUGCGACUGCGAGCAGUCCGAGGCCCGCCGAAAGCGAAAGCACGCAGGCCGCAAGAGGACAGGCCACAUUCAUCACAGAAGCAGACGCAGAACAAAGGAAGAAGCAGCCGACGUGGCGUUCCACUUCGCAGGCGAUGCGAAGGCUCACAGGAGCAACCCAAAGCAGUCAAAAGGCUGGUUUCACUGGAUCCCGGCAGUGAUGGAUCUACACUUCGAUCCCAUCACCAAUACGGCUUUCGACACACCGCGCGAGGUGCACAUGCUGGACUUCGGCCGAGAACGCCUGACUUUCAGCGUGGCAGACACCAGCAGGGUCGUCAAGCUUUGUUUGAGGGACCAAGCAGACGAAAAGUUCUGGGCCGAACAGUUUCCUGAGCUGGUGGCUCCGGUAUACUGGACUGGGCAGGUCACAGUCAGACUUUUCACUGUGCAAGGGUUUGAGGACCUUACCCUUUACGGCCUUUGGCAAAAAAGGGUGGAGACGGCCAAAGAAUGGAUAGAAGGCUCCUCUACUCAGGUGCAGCAAAGCUUUAUGACCUACACCUGUGCAGUCCUCGCCUUCCUGGCUUUGCAAGGAAUCCAGCUGCGUGACACCGGCAGGUCCAACCUCGGACUUCUCCCCGGAACCAAGGAAUCCGGCGCUCCUCGCCUGAUGUUCUACGAUGCACUGGACUGGAGCAGGGGCAAGAAAAACGACUUCCGCUGGUCCCAGUACUGGAAUUACGCCAACAGCAUCGUGCCGGAGGCAGCGGAGUGGCUUCGACUUCAAGUUUCUGAAGCUCGAAGAGACCCGGCUUCAGCUGCAAAGCACCUUACCGACCGGUGCCAGGAGUACAGGGACCACCUGGAAGCUGCAGGGGUCCUGAGCCAAGGCGCUUUUGCGCUGCCGAGCUGGCAAAAAGCUGUCAGCGUGAGGCUUGCAGAUUGGUGUUUUCCCAUGAUCCGCCAUGUUUCCGUGUUUGGUUCAGCGUCCGUUCGAAUUUCGGUCUUUGUCUCUUCCUUGCUUUUCUGCCUUUGCUCUGCUUUUUAUUCUCGGUUGGGUGCCGUUCCAUCCGUUCCAUCCGUUCCAAUUCCAAUCCCUCAAGAUCUGGCAAUUCUUUCACAUAGUUACAUGUUACUCGAAACGUCAUGA